CCGCGCAUGCGCAGAGCGGCGCCCGGUGACCUUCAGCGCGGCCCGCUCCGUCCGCCCGUCUCCGCUCACCGGACCCGCCUUCCUGCCGCGAUGCCCCGGGGCAGCCGCAGCCGCACGUCCCGCGUGGCGCCCCCCGCCAGCCGGGCCCCGCCAGCCAGGGCUGCAGCUCCGGCUCCUGCCGCGCGGGCGCCGGUCCCGGCGGCGGCCCCGGCCUCUGCUGUGGCUGCUCCCGCACCGAAGCAGCCGGGGCUGAUGGCCCAGAUGGCUACCACUGCUGCUGGGGUUGCCGUGGGCUCUGCUGUGGGACACACCAUAGGCCAUGCGCUUACAGGAGGGUUUGGUGGAGGAAGCAGCUCUGAAGCUGCAAGGCCUGAUAUUACUUACCAGGAGCCCCAGGCAGCCCAGCCUGCCUACCAGCAGCAGCAGCAGUCCCAGUUUGCUCCUUGCCAGUAUGAAAUGAAGCAGUUCCUGGAGUGUGCACAGAACCAGACUGACCUCAAGCUGUGCGAGGGCUUCAGUGAGGUGCUGAAGCAGUGCAGGUUUGCUAAUGGUCUAUCCUAAGCCUUCAGAUGAAGGUUGCUGAAGAAGCCUUACAGGAACUGACCUGUGAAUGAAAAAAAGCUUCAGUAAUAAAGUCUAAAGAUAUCAGACAUCUUGUUAGUUCAUGUGUUCACACUAUCAUCCUCUUUGUGGCUUGAUUCCUGCCAUCGCCGCUACAGAUGUGAUACAACUUAAAGCAGCAAAUUAAUUACUUUAGCACAAAAUGGAAGAAUGAACAACCAAGCAGAGUGAGCUAAUUUAGGUUAACUGGUUUGCUGAUUGUUGUGCUGGAUGUAAAUGAUACGGUGUCUAAAUAAACUUCUCUCUCUAGAA